UUGAAAUGAUGGCCGAUUCUAAGGAGCAAAAGACUGAGGAUCUACCCUCUGAAGUGCCGAGUCCAGGUGAACAGACCGAACCCGAAACCUCUAAUCGGCAAGACAGCGAAGAAAGUUCCCAGAAGACCGAACCCCAAACCUCGAAAGCAUCUGAAACUGAACCAGAGUUGGUAGUUGAGUCCACUUCAUUCGUUGUCCCCACUCUUGAGACUGUUUCGCGCACAGAUGCCUCUUCUCCAGAGGAAGCUGCAUCUGGCUACAUAAAUGCAAUAACUCGAACUGCACGAGAAAUUCUGCAGCAUAUCAGGAGUGAUUCAGCCUGGUCGGCGUGUAUAGGCGGCCUAGCAAUUGUAGGUGGUGUGUGUCUUGGUUUAGCGGCCGUUUUCGUAACCUUUGCGGUAACAUUGCUCUGCGCCGGCAUCUCUCUGCUUUUUGCCGUUUGCACAGCAUGUGGAAUUCGUUUCUUUAUGACUAGAAGUGUUCAGUCAUCAGGGUCUGAGCAGAUGCUUCUUGAAGGAGGACUGAGGCAAUCGCCUAAUAUUGAAGCUCCAGUUGUUGAACAGCCCCCCUCCAGUCUCCGUUCGAGUUCCCAGUUCUCUUGGUCUUCAAUUAACACUAGCGUGAUGGAUGCUUUACGUGGGCUAAUGGAGCAAUUCGGCCCUCGCCAAGAAGAGCCCAGAGGGGAACAUCAGCCGCAGUCUAGAAGAGCAAGAAUCUAUCAAGACCCUCCCACUCAAAGACCUGAAGUCAUAUUUGAACGUGGCAUCGCCGCUGCUUCGAGUUCGUCGGCUGGACCAUUUGAACGUGACGUUGCUGCUUUGGGUUCAUCGGCUGAACUAUUUGAACUUGACGUCGCUCUUGCUCCGGGUUCAUCGACUGCACUAUUUGAACGUGACGUCGCCGCUGCUUCGGGUCCAUCGGCUGAACUAUUUGAACGUGACGUCGUUUCUGCUCCGGGUUUAUCGGUCGGACUAUUUGAGCGUGACGUUGCUUCCAGCCCAGCGGUCGGACCACUUGACUUUGCUUCGAGCUCAUCUUCGGGUUCAUCUAAUGUGAUGGUAGUUCAAGUCGACGUUCACAGAGAAGAGUCUAGCGAGGAUACGAUUGUAGACCCAAAUUUGGGAGAUGGAGGAAACGAUGAGAAAUCCCUAAGUUCUGGAGGUUCGGAUGAUGAACCUGAACGCUGAAUUUGAAUCGUCGGACAUAUGAAACUGGUUUUGCCGUGCCAUCGAGAACUAUACUCAAGAAUAUUUAUCUUCCUGUUCCUUUACUUUUUAACAUCUUUUUCGAAUUUAUCUUUAAUAAUUGAAUAAAAUAAUUUUAGCAAAUGUC